AUUAUCCAAAAUAUUAUGGCUAUAUUUAUAGUCUUAUCUUCCGACCAAACUCUCUUUACGAAUUAUGUUUAUGUUUGGGAGAAAGUCACAUUACAGUUUCCUUUUCGUGAAUGGAUUGUUCUGCUAAGUGCUAUCUUCAAGCAACAGAGCAAGCACGAAAUGAACAUGCCUGAGCAGGGAGCUAAAGAUCAUCAUCAUCAUCUUGACUCAUCUUCUUCGGAUCAGCUUGAAACUGGGUCUUUAAAUGACUUGUCUUCGCUCCUUCAGCAACUUCCCAUCAAGAGGGGGCUUUCAAAGCAUUACGAAGGGAAGUCGAGGUCAUUUACUUCGCUAUCAGACGUGAAAUGCAUGGAGGAUCUUGUCAAGGUCGAGCACCCUUACAACAAGAAGUUGAAGUCUUGCAAAAGCUAUGUGAGAUUAGGGGAGAGCAAGAGUCACAGAUCAUCACGCCCUCCUAUGGCUUCUUCCUCCAGCCCUAGGCUCAAUAUUUCGAAGAAGCUAUCCAAUUCCGAGGGCUCCUGCUCUUUACUCUCUGCGAAUAGAAGCGGUAGCUUUCUGAGAAGUGGCUCUCAUGCCUCCCCACCUCACGGAUCGACCAGUUCAAGUAGUAUUUCGAACCAAACCCCGGCUUUGUUAGCCUAGAAGGAUUCGUUGAGUACUACGUGCAGUUUCUGUCCCCUUAAGAAUUACUCGUGUUUUCUUGUUCAUCUAGGAAUUAACUUUUGUAUUUGCUUUUAUGAUAAUUAAUGCAAUGUUUUUUUUUUU